AUGACAAGUUUGGUAGCAACUGCGUCCAUCUCAGUCGUCGACGAAAUCAAUUCAGUAAAAGAAAUAAAUUGCCACAAGUAUCGCCAACGAAGACACGUCCUCAAGUCGAAGGAAAAUACCAUUAGACACAGAUGUGAUAAGGUGCUUAAACGGAAGUUAAAAAAGUAUAAACUUAGACAAGAUGGGCAAGAAGAUCAAGAUAUAUUAGAUGUGUCGAAAAUUCUCGUUUCAUCACUAAUUAUCAGGUCCCCAAACAAUCAAAAAGAUCCCUAUUUAUAUGAAGAUAGAGAAUUAGAUGAUUGGAGGCCUAAAAAUUACCUUUUCAAAAUGGUAAGAAGGAAGCCUGUAAAGAUAAGUGAAACCUUGAAAAACUCCAACACUGAGGUAGAUGUCCAAGAUGAUGUGACCAGAGACAGUCCUUCAGCUGUUACUAAUCAGGAAAAAAAGCAAACAAAUGCAUUCAAACUGUUAAUGGAUUCUAGAAACAAGAGCCUUGGGUGUAAUUCUCCAGGCAAAGACAAAAGUGAUGAAAACAUUGAUACAACCGAAGUAAUUGAAAGAAAGAACUUGAAGGCUAAAAGGCAAUUGUUACUUCAAAAAAUGGCUGAAGCAAAGGGGUCUAUUAAAAAUAAAGAAAUUGAAGAAUUUCAAGACAAUAUUAUUAAAGAGCAAUUGGAAAAGAGAGCAAAAAGAUUAAAAAGUAUGAUUUUCAAAGACACUAAAUCUGACAAAGAAGAUAAGAGUUCUAAUGGCAACUUAAAAAAAGAUGAAAUAAUUGAUUUGUCAUUAGAAGACAAAGCCAAAGUUGCAGAUAAUAAUAAUACAAAGAAACAAACCAAGCCAAAUACAUUCAAGAUUGUUGAUAUAUUCAACUCAGUUGAAGAGAAUACUAUUAUUAGUCCAGUAAAAAAACGCAUAUCCAAGGAAGAUGAAGAUUUUCUGAAUAAGUUGUCACCUUCUUUAAAGAAAAAGGAAAGUAUGCUCUGUUAUUUUAAAAAAAUAGAUAAAGAUACUGAAUGUUCUCCCACUAAUUCAGAAAACGAUAACCUUAUAAAGGUAAAACUUCAACCUAGAAGUAAAAAAAAGAGUAAGAAGAAGAAAUUGAGCUUGAAAAAAGACAGUUUAGAAGUAUGUGAUUUAACGGAAACUAUCAAAGAACAAGAAGAGAACAUUAAUGAAGAAGUUAGCAAAAUACUUGUGAACAAUAGCUCUAAAGAAAAAAUAACAGAUCACAAGGUACAUGAAUCCUCCAUCAAAACUCAACAAAAAUCAGAAGAUAAAACAUUAGCUAGUAUUAGUGUUAAUAUUCCAGACUUAACAACAGAUAAUAAGAUCCUGAAUGUGAAUAGUGACGGUGUUAAAGUUAAGAAUGACAGUCAGAAGCGGAAAAGAAAUUCAAAACUCGAUACAAAACUUGAUUCUGAGAAUACAAACAUCACAUGCAACAGUGAGAGCAGACCGAAGAGGUCGGUUAAGAGACCAGUGAAAUAUGUUGAUGAUGCUUGUCUGUCUAGCUCUGAUGAAGACUUGCACAUUUUCACACCAAAAAAGAAAAAGCACAUUGAAAGUAAAAAUGAUAAAAAAGCAGUUUGUUCAAAGACUGACCAUCCUCGAGAUGAACCCAAACCUGUGAAGCCUAAAGCAGAAAAGAAAAUAGAGAAGGUUCUGAAAGAUGUAACAUGUAAGAAACCUACCAAACUGGCUCCCAUAUUUACAUCUAAACAAACUGAUCCCGCUGCUUUAGAAGCUAAACAAAAAUUUCUACAAAGUGGAGUCCCAGACAAAUUGAAAAAGCAAAUGCAACAACAAAAAGUUUGCUCCAUUCCAGAUAAUAGCUUUCCUGUAGUUGUUCAUGUUCAACAAAGUACUGCAAUAGUUGAAAAUAAUCAACUUGUCCAUAUACCAUUAAUGAUUACUGAAACUCAAGAAGACUAUAUAUUAUCUUAUGAAAAUAAUAAAAUGCAAAAAUUGUUAAAUCUUAAUCAGGACCUCUGUUGCCAGAGUGUAGACACUACAAGCAAAAAGAGCACACAGGCAAUGUUACAGAGUAUAAAGAAGUUACACCCAAAGUUCCCGGUAUACAGGACAUAUCGGUAUUUAAGAAGUAAAGGAAAGGGAGAAUUUAAAGACUGUAGUUAUGUAGAUGUAGAUAACAGUAUUGAAGUUUUGGGUGAUAUGGUAGAUGUUAUAAAUGACAGUCCCGACAGAUUAAAUUGGACUGACAAGUACAAAGCUGUAACUCCCAAACAAAUUAUAGGCAAUUUUGAGACUUUAAAAGAAUUAAGGAAGUGGUUGGUAUCAUGGACAGAAAAUCAAGUUAAAUCAAAGGCUAAAAGUAAGGCCAACUCAGAUAGCUCGGACUAUUAUGAGUCUGAACCUGAUAGUAGAGACAGUAUGAAGUCUACAAAUAACCUUUUGAUACUUGUUGGUCCUACAGGGUGUGGUAAAACCGCAAGUGUUUAUGCUGUUGCAGCAGAUUUAGCCAUGAAGGUUAUUGAAGUUAAUGCUAGCAGUAGAAGGACGGGAAAAAUCAUGUUACAAGAUUUACAGGAAGCAACUCAAUCACAUAAGGUUAACAGAGGGACAGGAAAUUCAGACAAUAGUCAGAAGUCACAAGAAAAACAAACAGUUAUUCCAAAACAGACCAAGAAGCGAGGUAGACCAAAGAAGGCCAUUGAAGAAGAGAAAAGUAAAGCAUCAGUUGUAAAGAAUGAAGUUCUAAGUGGCACUACACUAAGCCAGGAGAGUACUAGGACAGAUUCAUCACUUAUACUCAUUGAUGAUGCAGAUAUAGUAUUUGAUCAAGAUGAUGGUUUUACUUCAGCCAUAGUACAGUUAGUACACUGCUCAAAAAGACCUGUAAUAUUAAUUACAUCAUCAUUAGUUUGUCCACAUUUGCAAAGGUUUGUACAAAACGCAAAAAUAUUAAAAAUGAGCCCUCUUCUGCCUAGAAUUCUUGGAACAUGGUUAGAUAUCAUGUGCCUAGCAGAUAGUGGAAUGUGUUGGCCUGGUGUUGGAGCCAAAUUCUUGAACUAUUUUAAAGGAGAUAUAAGAAAAACCAUCAACUACCUGCAGUUCUGUUUACCUAAAGUACAAAGUGUUGCUUUGGAGGAAGAAGCUGCUUCACAAAAUGUUGAUUUUUAUAAGAAUCACAUUGAUGAAGAAAGCUCCUGUAUAUCUUGGGCAGAUAAUGAUGAUACAGAAGGAAGAACAACUGCAGCAUGUGAUGUGGAUAUAAAUACUAUUUGGACCGCUUUUGCUUCUAAAUAUUCGAAUUUAAUGAAUCUAACAUAUCCAGUACAAGUAUUUAACAUGUGGUGGAGUAUGCCAUCCCUUUUAACAACUUCGCCUACUGAUCUCCCUUCACAAAAAUGCAAUAUUAGUCAUAAGAAGAAGGCUAGCCUGGAACUGGAAGCAAUAGCAAAUGCUGCAGAUGCUUUCUCGUUGUCUGAUUAUUACAGUCACAUCAAUCCAGACACUGACAGAAACAUUACAUCACAACCUUGGUAUUGCCCUGAGAGUCACAGUGUAUCAGAAAGAGAGAAUCCUGGCUACUAUCAUAAGGAACAUGAAGUUAUGAAUGAUAUUUGUCAUACAAUUUUGACUGGUUCUAUCGCAACAGCACAAGAUGUUCUAAGCUGUGAUAGAAAAACAAACAUUAGUUUCCCAGGAAUGCUUUUAAACAGACAAAAAGACCGAGUGGUAUCGAGACACAACAGUUUAACGAGCUACUUGAACGCGUCAGCAGUGUUGGACAGGCGGGCCCUUGCGUUGGACUAUUGGUCUUCCUGCCGAACUAUUUGCAGGCUUGAGAAGUCAAAGAAUGACACCAACAUGAAAAGAAACAAUCGCUUCUGUCACUAUCUUAAAUCCUUAAGUGUUCUUUGUAAAAGUGAUACUUUCGAUAACCUCUGUGACAGUUUAUGUUCUAAUGAAGGAACUGAAUUAAAUAUCAAUAAUUUUAAUGAAUGA